UCUGUCUCUCUCUCUCUCUCUCUCUCUCUCUCUCUCUGUUAUCUCUCUCUCUGUCUCUCUCUCCCAUGGGAUUUUUCUGAAGUUCAUGUACGUCAUAGAAACUUUUGAUUGACGUCCCCGCAGUCCAUUUGUAGCCAACUGUUCUGACCGUAACGUAACCCGGUCGGAAUUCCCGUUAAAAAGACGUCAAUGGUCCCAUUUGAACGAUUGAACGCAAUCCGCUGUGUACGGAAAAAAGAGGGUGAUGAAAAUUAGUCAACAGCAUCCUAUGGCGAAUACAGAGAUUCAACAAUAUAUACAAGGCAACUACGGGCAACAACAACGUCAUAGUCUUUCUGACCAGACAGCAUCAGAUGGAUACGCUAGACAUACUGAGACAGAGGGGCGAUGUUUUGUUCACUCGGAUGCUUUAAACGAGCGGGUUGUUAAGGUGGACAGCGAGGCAAAGCGGUCACCUGCGACUUCGACAGCCCUGAUAGAGAGCUAUGCUGAGCCUGAUGUCUAUAAGAUAGGUAUUGAGGUGUCAGAUCCGGGGGAGGAGUAUGUGAUGUCAUACAGCCUAAGGGGGCUGGCCCUCAUCUUCAACCAGGAAUACUUCUCCCCAGAGCUCCGCCUCCCUCAUCGCCAUGGUACCAAAGCUGACAAGAACAACCUUUUGCGACGACUAGAGGAGCUAAGUUUUGCUGUGAGGCCGUAUGACAACCUGACCAGACAGGAGGUCCGGGCUGUCAUAGACGAUGCUGUGAACUGGAACCAUGCGGAGGCAGAUUGUUUCCUGUGUGUGUUUCUGAGCCACGGGGAGAAUGAGUGCGUGUUCGCCAGAGACGGAAAACUCUCCAUCCGAGACUUGACACACACCUUCAAAGGAGACCGCUGUUCUAGUCUGGUGGGCAAGCCCAAGAUCUUCAUCUUCCAGGCGUGUCGUGGGGAUAAACAUGACGAUCCAGUCAGUCCUGUAGUAGACGUGGUGGACUGUGAGGUUCACACUAACCAGCUGGUCGUGGAUGCUGGGACGGUACACACACUUCCUGCUGGAGCGGACUUCCUGAUGUGCUACUCUGUGGCCGAGGGUUAUUUCUCCCACAGAGAGACAUUGAAUGGAUCGUGGUACAUCCAGGACCUAUGUGAAGUGCUACAGGAGUAUGGAACGCGCCUGGAGAUCACAGAGAUGUUGACGCUAGUUAACCGCAGGGUGUCGCUGCGACGCGUACAGAACUGUGCCGACCGCAACGCCAUCGGGAAGAAACAGGUCCCCUGCUAUACCUCUAUGCUCACAAAGAAACUUUACUUCAGAUCCAAGAAGCUCUGAGACAAGAUUGCAACUUUACUUCAGAUCCAAGAAGCUCUGAAACAAGAUAGCAACUUUACUUCAGAUCCAAGAAGCUCUGAGACAAGAUAGCAACUUUACUUCAGAUCCAAGAAGCUCUGAGACAAGAUAGCAACUUUACUUCAGAUCCAAGAAGCUCUGAGACAAGAUAGCAACUUUACUUCAGAUCCAAGAAGCUCUGAAACAAGAUAGCAACUUUACUUCAGAUCCAAGAAGCUCUGAAACAAGAUAGCAACUUUACUUCAGAUCCAAGAAGCUCUGAGACAAGAUAGAAGACAAGAUACUCAUAUGAACCUCUAACACAGAUUUAUGUCUCAAUUCAAGCCUUAGUGCUGGAGCCCUUACAAUACUGUACCAGAUUCAAGAUACUCAACUGAGGCAAGACAUUCUACAUGAUCUGCUACAGGUUCACAACAAGACAUUCUACAUGAUCUACUGCAGGUUCACAACAAGACAUUCUACAUGAUCUGCUACAGGUUCACAACAAGACAUUCUACAUGAUCUGCUACAGGUUCACAAGACAUUCUACUCUACAGAAUCAAGACACUGAACAAAGAUAUUCUGAGACACUAAAAAACUAAAUAUAUAUUACAAGAUCAAGAUUCUGCACUUAGACAAGAUACUCUACUACCAAUUCACAAUCAUAGAGAUCCUAUUAAAUCACUAGAAAGGGGGGGGCUGUGUUGUAGACCCUCAAAGUUCCAUAAUGGGGUGAAAAUGGCAGCCAUAUUGGUCAGGGAGAAAUCCAAACCAGUCCAGUAGGUCGUUAUCAGUACAACUUCACAAUAAGGUGCAAAGCGUUGGAUUUGGCAGCUAGGGGGCCAAGGAGAACCCUCAGCUCCAGCUAAAACCAUUGACAAAUACGUGUCGUUUUCAAGGGAUUGUUAAAUAAAGGAAUUCAAGGGAUUGUUAAACUCUUUGUGUUUUGAUAUCAUCAGGUCUUGAAGAGCCUAGUGAGAACUACCCAUUUCCUAUUAUUCCACAUUGAGCUCUGUCAUCAGACGUAUACAACAAUUAACUGCAUGCUUUUCAUGAUCAGUAAACAUCAAUUGAUCCUUGUAUUUUCAUAUACGUGAGGCUAGUCAGAUCCAUUUGGCGUGUAGCUAGCUAGCUAAGCUUAGCAACCCACGUGUCAUUUAGCAUGCUUCGUCAGAGAUUAGGCUUUUGGGAAGAGCUCGUCAUCGGCAAGUCCUCGUCCUGGUAAAGUUGUCAGUUGGACUUCUGUCACCACCACUAUAGAUUGAUUUUCUUUCCAACAAUAUUUGGAUAUAGCCGUCUAGUUUAUCCCCUGAAAGUUAACUUGUUAACCAGCCAUAUCGACUGAUCUGUUAUUAGCUUGUUAACUAGCCAUAUUGACUGAUCUGUUAUUAGCUUGUUAACUAGCCAUAUUGACUGAUCUGUUAUUAGCUAGCUAGCCAUAUUGACUGAUCUGUU